AAACACACUUGUUUUUUUGCAGCUGCCGAGUUGUCACCGGCUGAAAGUAAUAAUACGACUUGUAAUGAUGUCGGUGACUGCCCAUCAAUAGGCACAGAUUGUAAGGAAAAAUGCGGUUGUGAUAAAAAUAUCCCAACUAGUUUUAAUAAAACGACUCAAGAAUGUACAAUAAACGUACAAUUGUUAAUCCUGUCAUUAAAGGAGAAAUAUAAUACGGAAGCUAAAAUUCGGGCGGAGGCUGACAGAAUAUUUAAGGGCGUUAUAGUUGCCGCCUUUUUCUUCAUCGCGUGUGCCAGCGUCUGCACUUUGACUGCGUGCAUUUACUGUUGCAGGAUUAAUUACACAGAUAAUCAGCUGAAGAGAAGUGUCAAAGUGCUGGCAAAGAAGAUGGGGAAAAAGUCUCAAAUGAAAAAACCCGCCAAGGUCCCCACAGAACAAGUGGCUGAGAGUUGCAAUGUUGUUGUAGAAGAUGCCGGUAUAUUCUGUGUUUAAAAUGAACAUUGUUUUGCAUUUUCUAUUAUGAUUGGAACUACU